AUGACGAUGUGUGCUAAUUAUUAUCGCUAUUUUUUUUAAAUGUAGCAAGCUAAUGGACACCUACGUUUAGCGAUAUGUGGUUAACUCGACGCUUUGCUAAUUCCCAAGUCCGCUCGGUACUAAGCCUAUGCACGUAGUAUGGUGGAAGAAUCAACGUACCAACUGGGUGUGUUUACAUCUGUUAACUACAAUAGAGCACUGCUAGCUGCUAGACUACAGCGGCGUCACACGUCCAACAACCCCGCAGCUAUCUCCAUACGGAAAAGACAUCCCAGUCAGCCUCAGCUAAUUCUGCCAGCGGUCAUAGAAGUGGCUGUCCGAUGCCUAAUACGUCAGAAGGUCAAGGAGCAAACCUAUCUGGGCCAGCAGAUCCGUCGGGGCUGCAAAGGCCCUCUGAUGAGGAGGAGGAACGCGGUCUGAUCAGCUCUCUUGCCCGGGACGCUGCGAGAGUCAGGCGGGCUUCGAGUGCAGAACUCCACCUGCCGUGGACCUGCCCGGUCACACACUCCCGUGAGAAGUUCUACACCGUCUGCUCCGAUUAUGCUCUUCUCAACCAGGCUGCCUCUGUGUACUGUCCCCCAAAUGCAGCCAGGGACAUUGUCCCGAAAAAGCAGGAUGAGGGGCUGUCCCCUGUUAAGCCCAAACACGCCGCUGACUUCAGCGCUGGCCAGUCUGGAGGGGCCCAUGUGGGAUCAGAUGGGGACUGUGACAUGGUGGAAGGGUCCUCUGGCCACACUAAACCUAUCUUGGCCUGGGAGAUUGAUACCACAGACUUCAACGCUGUGCUCACAAGAAAAAUAAGAACAAGCAAUGUGAAGAAGAGCAGCACCAAGAAGAUGAAGUCAUCAGACAGACCCAGCCGGAAUCUGCAGGACGUCCCUCCUCACGCCUCGUUGGACGAGAUCAAAGAGAGAAAAGUGCUCGACCUCAGAAGAUGGUACUGUAUCAGUCGGCCACAGUACAAGACUUCAUGUGGAAUCUCUUCCCUGGUGUCCUGCUGGAACUUCUUGUACAGCACUCUGGGUGCAGGGAGUCUACCACCCAUCUCUCAGGAGGAGGCUCUGCAUAUUCUGGGUUUUCAGCCGCCUUUUGAAGAAAUCAAGUUUGGCCCUUUCACUGGCAAUGCUACACUCAUGCGGUGGUUCAGACAAAUCAAUGACAAUUUCCGGGUGCGAGGUUGCUCCUACAUUCUGUACAAACCACAUGGAAAAAACAAGACCGCAGGAGAGACGGCUGAAGGAGCGUUGAUGAAACUGACGCAAGGGCUGAACGACGAGUCUAUGGCCUACAUCUACCACUGCCAGAACCACUACUUCUGCCCAGUGGGCUUUGAAGCUACGCCACUCAAAGCAGCAAAAGCUUACAGGGGCCCUCUCCCCACAAACGAAAUGGAGCACUGGAUCCUUAUUGGCGAGCCCAGCAGGAAACACCCAGCUAUUCACUGUAAAAAAUGGCAGGACAUUGUGACGGACCUCAACACACAAAAUCCAGAAUACCUGGACAUUCGUCACACAGAGAGGGGGAUCCAGCGCCGCAAAACCAAAAAGGUGGGUGGCAACCUGCACUGCAUCAUGGCCUUCCAGAGGGUGAACUGGCAGAAGCUCGGCCCCUGGGCUCUGAACCUGGAGAACCUACGCCACGACUUCCACCACCACGGCACGGAGCGGGCGCACGGAAGCGUCGCUGAGGAAGCCGAGGAGAGAGCGGCAUCCAAGAGCCUGGCCUACCUGGGACGCUCACACAGUAUGGGCAGUCAGAAAGACAGCAGCUGGAAACGCCUGUCCAACACUACAGAGUACAGACAGAGGAGCUCCCCUGACAGCGACCUCGAAGAAGACAUCACAGACUGAAAAGGUUUAUUGGUGGGGAGUUUGGGGGGGGAGGCGGGGGGUUAAAUAACAGACAGUACAAGUACAGAAGUUCCCCUUUAAAAGGAUAGUUCUGGUGUUAUUUUUUAUUUCCACUGCAAAGACUAAAACCGACAAUGUGUUAGUCUGUCUCUUAAUACUCCCUGACUUCCGUACCCUGUCUCUGGCACUCAGCCCAGAGCCCAUUUGGUACUAUUGAAGACGUAAAUCCUUUAAAUAUAUAUAAUAAAAUAAAUAUAGUUUCAUUGUUAAACCUGCAAUAAUUGUUGUUGGUUUUUUUUGCCAGCAGGGGGCAGCGGAAACAUGUGAACACAACAUCGACCAUAUCACCUUUUGAGUUUUUGGCAAACAGUUAUUUACAUAUCCAGCAGAUACAGAGCAACAUUAGCAUUAGAGCUGGUUCAUUUGAUUAGUACGUCCAAUAUUAAACAGGCAAAUAUCUGUCUCUUCAGGUGCUAAAUGCUCAACAAGUUUGCCAGCUCGCCACUGUGUCUGUAGUUUGGUGCUGAGCAGGUAGCGUACAGUGGGAUUUUUUGAGAUUUUACUCUGAGAGCAGAUGCCUGUUUCACCUGAAAACUACGCUGUGAAAGCGGUGAGAGUGAACCAAAACAGUGAAGUUACAUCCGGACAGUUAAACACUCACUAGAAAACUCCUUACUAAAGCUGAGGGGAGCAGCUGAUUUGGGCGAUAAUUGUCUGUACAUUCAUCACUAGUAGCAACCCCUUUCACGUUGUCAUUUAAUACAGUGUGAUUAUAAAACAUUGCUUAUCAGAGUAAAUGGUGCAUUUGUUGGGGACCACUUUCAGAGGUGGAAAUAAACUACAGUGCCCAUGUUGAUUGUAAUGAAGGAACCCAGUGCCACAGUGUGGCUCAUUGAUGUGUUUUUUGGAACAAUGGAGCUUUACGGCACAGAGGAGUAAGAUAUAUCAGGCUCUGAAUACACACGCGCUUGUUAAUAGGAUCAAUUCAUUGUUGGCUUUGGUCUUUGUUGGAAAUAAGAAAAAAAUUUAAUAUCGACAGACUUGUACUUAAUUAAUGUUUUUUAAGACAAUCAGAUGUAGAUAUUUUUUGUUGUUUUUAGUGCUUUUAACCAAAUAGUCUGUUAAAGUCAGCCUUGGUGAGGGUAGCCUACUGUACCUCUUUGUCUUCAUGAUUUUUGACACAUUUUCUGCAAAUGAUACAGCAACAACUUCUUUAAAUCAAAACCAACAACAGCUACACACGUGAGCCCCAUUAAAUGACCAUUGAGCAGUGUGUCAGACAAUAGAGGCCUGGAUAUUACUGUUUCUAUGUUUCCAUACAGCAUAUUAAGGCAGAAAACUACAACACAGAAUGUCGCUGUCUGAGCUGCUAAUGCAUCCCGUUGCAAACGAGGUCAAAAUAUGUUAUGUGAAAGAAAGGGAAAAAAGUCAGAAAAAUCCUGAUGACAUAUGGCUACACACAAAAAUGCAGAACAUCAAGCUACAGCCUCAGAAAUGAACUUGAUUUGCAACAUAAGUUUUAUUGAGCAUUGUGAACUUCAUGGCCACUGCAUUGUUAGGCGUUAGUUAUUUUGAGUAACCCUGUGUUACACUAGAAGAGGGAGAUUAGGUGUUCACAUAACAGGAUUCUACUAGUAAUCACAUGCAGAUUUCUCUGAUUUUAUGUUUUUAUUACAUCAUGUUAACUCACUGCAGUGAUACUGUAAGAGUGCACAAUAUAUUUAACUAGUGCCGUCUGGGAAACUGCUGUAAAU